AAGUUCCGGGAGACCGCCAAGGUGUUCCAACCCACCGACAUGUCACUCGUCACGCGAAAGGGUGUGUUUCCGUACGAGUAUACCGACAAAUGGUCGAGACUCGAGGAGACCGCCCUGCCGCCGAAACGCGAGUUUUACAGUAUAUUGACCGAGAAGCAUGUAAGUGAUGAGGACUACGUGCACGCGACGGAGGUGUGGCAACAUUUCAACUGCGCGACCCUCGGUGACUACAGUGACUUGUACCUGAAGGUGGACGUUCUCCUUCUGGCCGACGUGAUGGAGAACUUCCGUGACCUCUGCAUGUCGACGUACAACCUCGAUCCCGUGUAUUAUUAUACGGCGCCGGGGUUCACGUUCGACGCCAUGUUGAGGUAUACGGACGUCUCACUGGAGUUACUCACCGAUUACGAUAUGAUACUUUUCGUGGAACAGGGGAUCAGAGGGGGGUUGGUCCAGGCCAGUGAACGGUACUGUCGAGCCAACAACCCUAAAACGCCUGGGUAUGAUUCUGAGAAGCCAUCGUCGUGGCUCGUCUACCAAGAUUGCAACAACUUGUACGGGUACGCCAUGGGAGAGUACAUGCCCUACGGGGGGUUCAAGUGGUACGAUGGGGAUUUGAAUCGCUCUCUAGAGCUGUUGAACGGUAUGACUGACAAAUCCGACGUUGGACGUAUCUACGAGGUCGAUAUCGCUUAUCCCGAUAACCUGCAUGACGUGCACAACGAUCUCCCCUUCCUACCACGGAAUGCCGUACCACCGGGCUCAAAAGUAAACAAGUUAAUGGCUACGUUGGAGCGGAAAGAGCGGUAUAUAGUUCACUAUAGAAAUUUAAAGCAAGCCAUUGCUAAUGGACUGGUAGUGGAAAAAGUUCACAGGGUGUUGGAAUUCCGACAGUCGGCGUGGCUUGCUGAAUACAUAAAUUUAAAUACGAGUAUGAGGAAGAAGGCUGGCAACGCGUUUGAACGUGAUUUCUUCAAACUACUCAAUAACGCGGUGUUUGGGAAAACUAUGGAAUGCGUUCGGAACCGUAUCGCUAUGGAAUUGGUUUCGUGUCCUCGUCGAAUGCGGAAACUUAUUAACAAGCCCACGUUCAAACACGUGACCACGUACACCGAGACUCUGGCCGCCGUAUCAUUGCAAAAGAGUGACGUACAUUUCUCCAAGCCUAUUUACGUAGGGUUCGCCGUCCUGGAAAUAAGCAAGGAGUUAAUGUACGACUAUCAUUACAACGUGAUGCGGCGGCAUUACAACGAUUCGAUUAGACUGAUGUACAUGGAUACAGAUUCCCUGGUGUAUCGAGUGGACACCGACGAUUUCUACAAGGACCUGGUGGACAACCCCGCGCUCCUCGAACGUAUGGACACCUCGAAUCUCCCCGUCACUCACCCGUGCUUCGUCGGUACGCGUAAGAAGACCCCCGGAUUGUUCAAGGACGAGACGGCGGGCCGUACUAUGUACGAGUUUAUUGCACUCCGGGCUAAAUCUUACGCGUAUAAAAUUGAGGGGGACGAAAAACUUGUUGCCAAGGGGAUUCGAGGACAUGUGGUCCGAAAUCACAUGACGUUCGAGGACCACAAGCGCUGUCUGUUCGAGGUCGACGGCGCUGGUGAUGGUGACGAGAGCGAGGAGCUCGGCACGGACGACGACGACGAUUUCGACGACGGUGACUUUGGCGACGACGAUGAGUGGAAGGACGUGGAGAUGAGACGGCGUGCGCGUCUGAUGGCCCGAUCGGUCGUCGACACGUUACACGGGAAUGCCGCGGCAGCUAGCGCCGCCGCCAUUGCCGGCGUGAAAUUCACCCCGACACCACUUCCCAUGUAUACACCGUACACACCGUAUAGGGAAAACGUUUCGAUCCGAUCGUUCGAGCACCGCGUCAAAACGAUUAAGACCAUGAAAAUGACCCUUAAUCGUUUUGACGAUAAACGUGUUGUUGACGAAGAUCGAAUCCGUACGCGCGCGUACGGCCAUUACACGCUACGCGCGUGAUAUUAUAUUAUUUUCUGUCUAUAAAUGU